GCGCAUGCGCAAAAGGGAUUAUGGCCGCUUCUUCUUCCUCGGCCUCCUCACUUCAGUGGGGGAAGAUUGGAGUGUCCUCCCAGUUGGAAGUGAGGGAGAGGGAAGCAUGGGGCAGAGGUGUGUACGCCGCCACGGCCCUCUCGACCGGCUUGGAGGUGAUGCGCGCCGAGCCGCUGGUGCACGUGCUGAGUAAUGACGUCAGAGGACAGCUAUGCGAUUUCUGUCUGAGAGAAUCCCAAUCCCUCUUGAAAUGUGGCCGGUGCAAAUAUGUCAGAUACUGCAGCAAAACUUGCCAGAGAGGGGACUGGAGAUUUCACAAAGGGGAGUGCGGAGGUAUUGCAAGAGCACAGCCUCACUCACCAACUCCACUGGCUCGACUGGUUGUGCGGUGCCUACUAGUCGAUGCAGAAGAAGAGACCCAGCGGGCGACAGAGUUCCUCUGCUCCAACGAGGAUAAAUUGAGUUUGGAGGUGAAAGAAGACGCGGCAACUCUGAUGGUCUGUGUGCGCCUGUUACUGGAGAACCCUGAGACCAGUGCUAUGCGGAGGGCUUACACGUUAUUGUGUAAGGCUCUGUGUAACACGUUUACGAUCCACGGGUCUGGAUUAGAUCCAAUUGGUGCCGGUAUCUAUGUCGGACCUUCGCUGCUGAACCACUCUUGUCGGCCAAACUGUGUUGCUGUGUUCAAUGGGACAAGUAUGACUGUUAGGACUAUUGAACCUGUACAACAAGGCCACCAGCUCCUGUGAGUUAUGUGGAUCUGCUGGACAUUGGUGAGCGGAGGAACAAGACGCUGCUGAGGUCCUACUGCUUCCAGUGUGGGUGUCAGAGAUGUCUCACCGAGAUGGACCUUGACUCGCCAUUUGCAACCCUGUGUGCAUCAGUAGAAGGGAGUUUGGCCGCGUCUGUGAGCGAAGCUGUUGAAAAGGGGGCAAGGUCCCUGGAAAAGAUGGAAGACCUCAGACGGAAGGGAGAUUAUGAGGCCAUGUUGUCGGAAUGCGAGUCAUCGCUGCAUUCGAGAGGGGCAGCGUGCAUCCUGCACGACUUUCACCAUGUCACAGUCCAUACCCUGCGGCAGCUGGUCUAUGCCGCUAUUGCUAUUGGUGACUGGCCCAAAGCCAUCGAAGCCAGCAGGAAAUUAACUGAGCCUCUACGACGCUAUCUCACGGAGUUUCAUCCCGUGCUCGCCGUUCACUUUCUGCGGCUGGGGAAGUUGCUGCGAGUGAGUGGAUCUACCACCCAACUGGCUCAGUCGGUCCACGAGUUGACCCAGGCCGUGCGGCAGCUGAGAGUGACCCAUGGUGCCGGACACCCGACCACUCUGCAAGCUCUUGAAAUGCUCCAGGACUCUCAGUGUGAACUCAGCCGCAGACAUAACAACACUUAAACUUUUUCCAUCUCCACAUCUUGUCUUUCUCUCUUCUCUCUGUGUCGU